AGAGAGAGAGAGAGAGAGAGAGAGAGAGAUGUGAUUGAAGAUAUUCGAUACAUCUUUAUUAGAUGUAUCUGCCUAUUUAUAUCAACUUAUUUUGUAUUUCUACAAGAACGAGUCAAACUUGACACCGUGUGUGUGUGUGUGUGUGUGUGUGUGUAUUGCGCAUCAGCACUACAUAUAAAUAGACCAGUAGAUACUAAAGUUGUGCUCAUAUCAUGAUAUGAAAAAUCUACUUGAAAAAAAAGAAAACUAUUAUCACAUGAAGAAAAAUAUUCCGAUUUACUGUGAGUGUGGAAAACGAGCUCCGCCUGGCAGUGUGGGUGUUGUCGUCUGCAGUGGAGAGGACGAGGCCAUCACAAUAACACAGCUGACGGACGGACGCAGCAGCAGCCAUGGAUACACCAGUCCAAGGACAAGCGCCUGGCUCCCAGACCAUUACCUUAAUGAAAAUAGGCCAUUAUCAGAUUGGUAAUACACUUGGUGCUGGAACCUUCGGAAAAGUGAAAUAUGGGGAGCACAUUCUCACAGGCACCAAAGUUGCCAUAAAAAUCCUCAACCGCAAGACCAUUAAAAACUUGGACAUGGUCAGUAAAAUAAAGCGAGAGAUUACCAACCUCAAGCUUUUCCGUCAUCCCCACAUCAUCAAGUUAUAUCAAGUGAUCAGUACACCAACAGACAUUUUCAUGGUGAUGGAAUAUGCUUCUGGAGGAGAACUGUUUGAUUACAUCAAGCAGAAAAGCAAGCUCAAAGAAUCAGAAGCACGGAGGUUCUUCCAGCAGAUUAUCUCUGGUGUGGAUUAUUGCCAUAGACAUAUGGUGGUUCACCGGGACCUUAAGCCAGAAAACCUUCUCCUGGAUCACAACUUGCAUGUCAAGAUUGCAGACUUUGGUUUGUCAAACAUAAUGGUUGAUGGAGAAUUCCUUCGUACUAGUUGUGGAUCUCCUAAUUAUGCUGCUCCUGAAGUCAUAUCUGGAAAGCUGUAUGCUGGUCCAGAGGUGGAUGUGUGGUCUUGUGGUAUUAUCCUGUAUGCCCUACUAUGUGGCACACUUCCUUUUGAUGAUGAGCACGUCCCAUCACUUUUCCGCAAGAUAAAAUCGGGUGUGUUUCAGAUCCCAGACUACCUUAAUCAGAGUGUAGUACGCCUGCUAUUGCACAUGUUGAUGGUGGACCCAAUGAAGCGAGCCACCAUUGAAGAUAUCAAGAAGCAUGAAUGGUUCCAGAAAGACCUACCAGCAUAUCUCUUCCCUCCACCAUAUGAUCAUGACAAUUCUGUGAUAGAUCAAGAGGCAAUAACUGAAGUUUGUGAGAAAUUCCAAGUUGAAACAGCAGAAGUUCAGAGUGCCAUUCUGUCAGAAGAUCAGCAUAACCAACUAAAAAUUGCCUACAAUCUGAUUGUUGACAACAAACGUUUUGCUGAUGCCAGUGCCAUGUACAGUAUAUCUGCUUUCUAUACUGGUGUGUCCCCUCCCCCUGCUGUGCCCACUCCUGCCUUCAGCCCCUCAGACUCAAGCCCAAGCCCUUUCAAACCACAUCCAGAACGCAUUGCACCAUUGAGGGAACGAGCACUUAGUGGAGACCGUGGAAUGCCGAAAGGAACUCCUGGGAAGCGUGCAAAGUGGCACCUCGGUAUUCGGUCCCAAAGUAAACCCUUGGAUAUCAUGAGUGAAGUCUAUAAGGCUAUGAAGGUUUUAGGUUUUGAGUGGAAGGUUGUAAAUCCAUUCCAUGUGCGUGUGCGCCGCAAGAACCCGAUAACAGGAGGUUGUGUACAGAUGGCCCUGCAGCUCUAUCAAGUUGAUUACAGAUCACAUCUCCUAGAUUUCAAGAUCAUCUGCAAUGAAGGUGAUAUAGCACAGGUUGAAAAGAAAGGUUUGGAGGAGGAAGAGACUGGGCCUACAUCUCAUCAUGUCAUGGAAUUUUUUGAGAUGUGUGCUGCCUUGAUCACUGAACUGGCACGCUGAGCUCUUCAAGCAGAACUGCCUAACCUCAGCACUACCCUGUUAUUCACUGGCUAAGAACUGACUGACUGCUCCAUGUUUCCCUUAAUCCCCUUCACCAUGCUUCUGCACUGCCUGGUGAUGUAUACUGUGCAUUCUCCACCACAAACCAUUUACAAGCAAGAAAUGGAAAUCCUUGGCUUGAUAUGAGCAUUGCUAUUCCAGAAUUUAGUGCCUAUGGGUCAGUGACAACAUUUUUUGCUGCCUCAUUGCAAAUAAUGAAAACUUUGUAAAUCUAUAAAAAAAAAAAAAAAUAUUUUUGAUAGUUGCUUACCCAAUAGUUGAUAGUUGGAAUGAUAACUAUAUUAUACAACUUUUUUUGUACAUACAUAAUUCUUAAUUAUUACACAAAUAUGAAAGUGUUAUAAUAGAUUUAUGAUAACAAUGAUAACAGAUAUCAUUAACAUAUAAAUAGCUGAUACUAUUUUAUGUAAAACCUUGAGGUUCAGCUCCUGUGAAGUCAACGAUAUUGUUUUAAUGUAUUGCUUAAAAUUUAUUUUGCUUUUGUACCUCAUAUUAUGAAAUAUGACUGAAGGUAAACAUUUCACUUGAACAAAAUCAUAUACAUUACAUUUUAUACUUUGUUAUAUGAACAAUAGUCAUGGUCCCUUCUUAAGAUAGGACUGACAACCAACUUAGUCCUUGAUCAUUGUAUACAUAAAUGAAAAAAUGCUAUAUCAAAAUUUUGUUAUGUAUUCAUGCACAUACAGGGUGUCCCAUGAGAAAAGUUGCACACUCACAGGAAUGAGAGAUCAAGUCAUUCUAAGUCGGAAACAUUAUAUGGUCAAAUGGUUUUUGAUGGCUUUGUUUUUAUAAAUUACAGGAUAUAUAAAUAUGAAUGUGCAUCAAGGACAAGUGGCUACACAGUCCCAUCCCACAACAUCCACCUAAUCACUGUUGCCAUAUGAAUGUUAAUUGCUACAACAAUCAACUGUCUUCAUGAAUUUCAUUUUACCUUUUUUUACAAAAAUCUUGAUGUGUAAUAGCACAACAUAAACUUUGUAUGGCAACUGUGAUCAGCUGGGGACUGCAGAACAGGAGUGUGUAGCCACUUGCCACGAUAUGUGUUCUUAUUUAAAUGUCCUGUAACUUGUAAACCAUGGCGAUCAUUAAAAGCAUUAAACAACUAAAUAUUUCCGACUUAGAAUGACUUGCUCUUUCAUUUCCAUAUGAGACAUUAUGAAUAAGAUUUCUAAAGAUAUUUGGAGACACAUAUAGGAUGUUGAAUAUAAGAAUGAAUUUUAACUUUUCAUGUAAAUAUGUUGAAAAAGAAAACGAAUAAAAACUGCAUGGCCCUCUCACAAAAAUAAACUUGUGUACAAAUUACAAUAGUAAUUAAGAUGUCGGAAUUAUAGUAGAAAAUUCAAUUCAUAAUUAUGAAUUGUUUGAAAGAAUGGAACUAGUUAACAAUAUAUAAUAUGAUGCAUGAAUUGGAAGAAUUCUAAAAGACCCACAAUUAUGGGAACAAGGAGAGCCUGGAUAUCUGAGAGUAACAAAACAAAGCAAAAAAGUGAAUGAUUAAGAUAAUUAUUGCAUAAUUGAUUAAUUAAUUAGUCAGAAUUACACUUGGGAAACAAGAGCAGAAGAGAUAAACCAAAAAAGACCACAUUAUGAAGGUGCCAUUGCAAAGACUAAAGCUCCCAACUUGACCAAAACAAACAAGCACUCUUUCUUAGCAUCAGCUAAUCUAGCUGCUACCACCACCUAUGUGGCACUACAGUCUAUGACACCACAGCCUUAAUUGCAUAUCAAAUCCCCAACAAAAAGAAGACCAAGCUCUAGAGGGAGGAUGGGGAUGAAACUCAUAACCCUGAUUGUGCUAGAAUGGUUUUCAAGGGUUUUCAGUGAUGAUUCACAUAUAAGAAUUUCAAUAAGUCAACAAAAGUUGAGCACCUAUCAUGCUGAUUAAUGGAGUGAUUUACUGCAAAAAGAUUUUUUUUUUUUUUUUACAGAAUAAAACAUUACAGGUUUCCCCUAAAGAUAUGGAUAUUAAGAACAAACUACAAGUAAUAUCAGUAUUACCAUCAACUGGAGGAAAUAAUUAAUAAAUAUAGAUAUUGAGACAGGACCAAAUGAUUGUAGCUCAGGCCAUGCACACACACACACACACACACACACACACACACACACACACACACACACACACACACACACACACACACACAAGUUUAUACUCAAAUAUCUCCACACCAUUCUCUGUUAAACUACUUUAUAUGGCUAUCAUUAACAACAUAUAUUGAUAAGAACACUAUCUGAAGAAAUGGACAAGCAUAAUGUGCACAACACUAAAAAGCAAAAAUAAUCUUUGACUUUCAUUCUUGACCAGAAAACCAGAUCUAUACCACAUGCAUCUUUUCAGCACAAAAUACUCUACAGAUGUAUAUGGAGGGGAGAGUCAAGCAUAGCAAAAACAAAAGCAUACAGAUAAUGAGUCAUGGCUAACACUUUAAAGAAAUACAAGGUUACUAAGAGAAUUUAAAUUUAAGCCAUAUUUUAGGAACUGACUGGUAAUUAUUAUUCACAGUUUUACUGACAGAAAUGUGUAAAAAAGAUUGAGAAGAAAAAAUUGAGAAUGUGAGAAGUUUAGUGAUAAAGGAACAUGAAUGGAUUACAUGUGAAAAAUGUCUGGAAAGUGCAGCUUGAGAAAAUACACAGCUAAAAUCUAAAAGGCAAAUUUAAGACAACUUAGACAAGAAAUACAGGGAACAGUUGGCACAAAAGUGUUAAAAGCAAAGAAAAGGAAGGUUCAGAAGAUGGAUGAGAUCAGAGAAUCUGGUUAAAUGUUUCACAUCCCAUAAAGGACAAAAAGAAAAUGAAGUAGCUGCUCACUAUAAUCACUACUUCCUUUGUUCACUACUUUAGUUAUCUCUAGAUAAAUAUGGCAUAUGUACUAUUCAUGCACUAUCAAUUGUAAUGAAAUCUUACCACUACCACAUGUAUGUCAUUUUAGUCCAAGUUAUUUACGUAUAUGCUUCAUGAUGUUACAGCCUCUGUAAAUUAUGUAAUACAACAAAGUGAAAUGAAUAGCAAAGAAAGAUACAGAACAUGAAAAGUAAUGAUGUUGAUAUUACUGUUGUUAGCUCACAAGUAUGGUAAUCAAGAGUGUUGUGUGUGUGUGUGUGUGUGUGUGUGUGUGUGUGUGUGUGUGUGUGUGUGUGUGUGUGUGUGUGUGUGUGUGUGUGUGUGUGUGUGUGUGUGUGUGUGCAGCUGGUAUAGUCUGGCUGGUAUUAUGGUGGCAGUAGUAUAACUUAUAUUUGUAAAUACAAGCAAUUUUUCCUUUUAUUUUCAAUUAAGUAAUUAACAAUGCUCAACAUUUCAGUGAUCUAUUAAAACAUUUUCUAAGAUGAGUGAUGAUGAAUCAUCAUUGAUGGCUUAAUGUUCAUGAUAAUAUCCAUAUUUUCUUAGAUACUUACUGUACUAUACUGUUUGUUUUUAUUCUAAUUGUAUUGCAUUACCAGUUUCACUAGAUGCAAUGCAGGCUGGACCAUUCAUAUAUGAAAAUUCAAUGUCUGUUGUACAAAAGUACAAAAAAGUGCACUGCUAGUGCACUAUUUUGUUCAGACUCUUCAUAAAAUUUUCCAUUGUGUAUAGGUGAGCUGAGAACACUAAACUUUAUGGAAACACUAACAUAUUUAUUUUUAUUUAUUUUUUUUUUUUCAGUUUAUCAACUUAUUACCUAGGGAGAAAGCAUUUUUUCAUUAUCACUAAAAUAUUUGCAUUUUAUUUAGUGCAAGUGCCCAGAAUAUGCUCAUUGGUAUACUAUGAUUAAUGAAAUUCCAGAAUUAUAUUAGUUAUCAGUUAUCAAAAAUUCAAAACAACUGUGAGAUAAUGGUGAAAAUGAAGGUUGACCAACAACAUUGCCUAUGAUUAGGAAGUAUGCAGUAUGAUCUUACCAUAAGGUAAUGUAUCUCCUAACCCUAAUCUGAACAUUAAAUCUAAUCUAAUCAAC